AUAGUAACCUAUUUGUCACCUGUCAUUUAUGUGUAAAAGAAAGAUAAAGGUGUCCUCAAAACAUAUAAUUAUUUCUUUUCAAUUAAAAAGACAUAAAUUUCACAUUUAAAAUAUUUUUCAAUGGAUUUAAAUCUAUAGCUUUCUUCAACAUUAUUACCUGAUAAUUAAAUUAGUUAGCAAUGAUGGAAGAAGCAUCAAACGCUGAUAUUUGCAGGGUGUGCAGAUCUGAAGGUUUAUCCGACAGACCUCUGUUUCAUCCUUGUAUAUGUACAGGAAGUAUUAAGUGGAUUCACCAGGAAUGCUUGAUGCAAUGGAUGCGAUAUUCUAGAAAAGAAUACUGUGAACUUUGUGGUCAUAGAUUCUCGUUUACUCCUAUUUAUUCCCCCGAUAUGCCUAGGAGGCUACCCGUUAGAGACUUAGCUGCUGGUUUAUUGUCCUCAAUUGCAACUGGAGCUAAAUAUUGGUUCCAUUAUACUUUAGUAGGUACUGCUUGGUUGGGAAUCGUACCAUUAACAGCUUGUAGAAUUUACAGGGCUUUGUUUGCUGGUACAGUCGACGCAAUUCUGACCUUACCAUUCGACAUGAUGUCAUCGGAAAAUAUAGCUUCGGAUAUAUUCCAAGGUUGUUUCGUUGUUACCUGUACUCUAUUCGCUUUCGCCGGUUUGGUAUGGUUAAGGGAACAAAUAUUACACGGCGGAGGACCGGAUUGGUUACAAAGAGACAACGUCAUCCAAGACGACCCUCCGAGAAUUUUAGAAAACAUCGCCGAGGAAUUAGCAGAAGAUAACGCUCAAAUACAAGACGCAGGUCCUGUGGUUGAAAAUAAUCUCGAGCAACAGGAAGAAGGUGAUGUUAACGUUGGUGACGAUAACAAUUGGAUACCAAUGGAAUGGGAUAGAGCAGCCGAAGAGAUAACUUGGGAACGGUUGUUGGGUCUCGAUGGAUCUUUAUUAUUUUUGGAACACGUAUUUUGGGUUAUAUCGUUGAAUACUCUAUUUAUUUUGAUAUUCGCUUAUACGCCUUACCAUAUGGGACUCUUAACUUUAUCUCUGUUUAAUAUGAGAGAUGCGGCUGCCGCUAGUCAUUUCGAAGGUCUAUUAACAACUUUAGUAGGUUAUUGCGCAGUAGGUAUUUGGUUCAUAUUGUUACACAGAAUAGCAGAUUGGAUGAAUUUCAAUAAAACCAAAAGGAUAAUGGGACUGUGUUACGUGGUUGUAAAAGUAUCGAUGCUAAGUGUGGUGGAAAUCGGGAUAAUUCCGUUAGUCUGCGGUUGGUGGUUGGACAUCUGUUCGUUAACGAUGUUCGACGCCACUUUGAAAGAUAGAGAAAGUACGUUCCGUUCGGCCCCCGGUACCUCGAUAUUCAUCCAUUGGUUGAUAGGGAUGGUGUACGUUUAUUAUUUCGCUUCGUUUAUUUUAUUACUGAGGGAGAUACUACGUCCGGGGGUGUUGUGGUUUCUACGUAAUUUCAACGAUCCCGAUUUCAGUCCGAUACAAGAGAUGAUCCAUCUACCGAUAUUGAAACACGUCAGGAAAUUGCUUAUUUCGGCUGUUAUUUUCGGUAGCGCCGUUUUGUUGAUGUUGUGGUUACCUAUAAGGAUUUUGAAGGUGAUUUUACCUUCGUUUCUACCUUAUACGGUGUCUUUGAAUAAUAACGAUUCGCAAGUUAACGAAUUGUCUUUGGAACUGUUGUUGUUGCAAGUUAUACUGCCCGCGUUGUUGGAACAGUCGCACACAAGAAUAUGGUUGAAAGGUCUAGUGAGGAAUUGGUGUCGGGUUGUGGCGUGGGUUUUGAAUAUUCAUUCGUAUCUGUUGGGGGAUGACGAUAAAAAGGAGAAUCAAGAUGGAGAACAAGACGGAAACCAUCAACCCGAAGUUGGCGCCGGAUUGGGGGCGGUGCAUCAAGCUUUAUUGAUGAUGGAACCUCCAUCAGGUUUCCAACCGUACGUACGUCCAUCGUUUUUCGUAGCUCGACUCUUAGGUCUAUUACUAAGCAUCUGCGUAUCCUUAGUAAUAUCGAGUCUGAUAGCUUUGACGGUACCCGUAUGGUUAGGUCGAAGCGUAAUGUCUCUAUGGUUGGUAGGAGCCCCGCCACCGGCUCCCCAAAUCUCCACCACCGACGCCCAAACCGAAGUAAAAGUACACGAACUGUACACGGCGGCCUGCGGUUUGUAUCUGUGUUGGUUGGCCGCGCGGGCGGUUAGUCUAGUCCUGGGAUGGUUACCGCAGGGUAGGGCCGCCAUGAUGGACCGUCUAAAACAAUGGUGCAUACUAGGAUUGAAGACGAUAGUAGCCAGUACGAUCCUGCUAGGGAUAAUUCCGCUGUUGUUCGGUCUGUUGCUCGAAUUGGUGUGCAUCGUCCCGCUCAGAGUGCCGAUACACCAAACGCCCAUUUUGUUUAUAUGGCAAGAUUGGGCCUUGGGGGUUCUGUAUACCAAAAUAGCUUGCGCUAUCACCAUGAUGGGUCCGGAUUGGUUUUUGAGAGCCGCCAUCGAGAGGGCGUAUCGAGACGGUAUCCGCGACAUGAAUUUGACUUUUAUUUUCCGCGAACUAGCGGCUCCGGUCAUCGUCAGUUUCGGUUUGGCUUUGGCGACGCCGUACGUUAUCGCUUAUUCUUUGGUACCACUGUUUGUAACUAACGUCCAAUUGAGAAAUUUCGUCGCCAGGAGAUUGUAUCCUUUCCUACUUUUGGUGUUCGUCGUGGCCCUGAUCGUUCACUGUCAAAUUAGACAGUUCAGGAAGUUGUACGAACACAUCAAGAACGAUAAAUAUCUGGUGGGACAGCGGUUGGUGAAUUACGAUCAUAGAAAAAAGACCGGUUGAUACGACAAUCGCAUUUAUGGACCGAUUUCGAACAUUCGAAAUGUGUAUUCUUAUUAAUACGACCGUCAGUCGAAAAAUUCUUGAUGUAAUAUAAGUGGAAUUCUUAAAUUAUAUCAAAUCUAAGUUGGAAACAUUUUUACUACUUCUGCUACCUCGAUAGACGCCCUAUCUGGUCCUUAGAGCCUUCAGACUCUUCGUAUCCGGCUCGAACGACCAGAUACGGAGAUAAUUCUUCUUCUAAGGGACACACUGUAUACUACCCUAACACCAUUACACGCAUUUCUUGCCGUAUCUGGUCCUUCGAACUUUCUAUGGGUUCGUAUCAGGCUCGAAGGACCAGAUAGGACAUUAAUUGUGAUUGUUAGUAUUGUGGUAAUUGAAUAUGUGUCGAUUCGAUCUAGUUGCGGUUCCAGAUUCUUGACAGGACACACUAUUUAUUACCCUAACACCAUUACACACAUUUCAUGUCGUAUUUGGUCCUUCGAGCCGGAUAUAAACCCAUUGAAGGCUCAAAGAACUAGUUAAGGGAAUAGUUCCUCUUUUAUUAGAUGUUUUAUAGGACACACUGUAUAUUACCCUAACACCAUUACACACAUUUCUUGCCGUAUCUGGUCCUUCGAGCCUUCUAUGGGUUCGUAUCAGGCUCGAAGCACCAGAUAGGACAUUAAUUGUGAUUAUUAGUAUUGUGGUGCUUGAGAAUGAUUUAAUUCGGUCUAAUUGUGGUUCUAAAUAUUGGAUAGGGCACACUGUAUACUACCCUAACCCCAUUACACACAUUUCAUGUCGUAUUUGGUCCUUCGAGCCGGAUAUAAACCCAUAGAAGGCUGUAUUAACCAGUUAAAGACAUUAAUUCCUCUCUUAGAUGCUUUAUAGGACACACUGUAUAUUAUCGUAACAGCAUUAAAUACAUUUCAUGCCGCAUCUGGUCCUUCGAGCCGAAAUAAAAUCAUAGAAGGCUCGAAAAACCACAAAACGUGUUAAUUGUGAUUUUUGGUGUUACUACCUUAUCCUUAUCUUUCGGGCCGGAUUCAAACCUAUAAAAAGCUAGGGAGAGUGGCAAAUGUGAUUCUUGGUGUUGUGGUACUAAAUUGUUUUCCUUUGUGUUUGAUUGAUCACGUUGUUUAUUACUACAAAUGAAAAUUAUUCCCUUUCCUGGUCCUUCGAGCCGGAAAUAAAACCAUAAACGACUCGAAAGAGUCUUCCUGAGUCUUCAGGAGGCUUCAAUCUCGUUCAGAACACUUAAUAGGUGAUAUUUGUGGAUGAUUAGACUGAAUGUUUACAAAAACUACGCCCGCACUCAUGAUGAUUACCUUAUUUGGUCCUUCGAGCCGGAUAAGAAACCAUAAACGACUCGAAAGAGUCUUCCUGAGUCUUCAGGAGGCUUCAAUAUCGUUCAGAACACUUAAUAGGUGAUAUUUGUGGGUGAUUAGGCUGAAUGUUUACAAAAACUACGCCCACACUCAUGAUGAUUACCUUAUCUGGUCCUUCGAGCCGGAUAUGAAACCAUAAACGACUCGAAAGAGUCUUCCUGAGCCUUCAGGAGGCUUCAAUAUCGUUCAGAACACUUAAUAGGUGAUAUUUGUGGGUGAUUAGACUGAAUGUUUACAAAAACUACGCCCACACUCAUGAUGAUUACCUUAUCUGGUCCUUCGAGCCGGAUAUGAAACCAUAAACGACUCGAAAGAGUCUUCCUGAGCCUUCAGGAGGCUUCAAUAUCGUUCAGAACACUUAAUAGGUGAUAUUUGUGGGUGAUUAGGCUGAAUGUUUACAAAAACUACGCCCACACUCAUGUUGAUUACCUUAUCUGGUCCUUCGAGCCGGAUAUGAAACCAUAAACAACUCCAAAAACGAGAUAUUGUAAUAAUCGUGAGUGUUAGUGUUAUUUUAAUAUACAGCAGGUUUAAUUAGUCGCUUAAAAUCACAAUUAGACAAAUUGAACACACUAUUGAUCACUAAAAAACUAAAAGUCAUACUCAUUGUAGUCAAUCGAGCCUUCGAGAGGUUCAAAAGACUAAAUAAGGUGAUAAUAGUGGAUAAUUAGACGCGUAUGUUUUCGAUUAUUACUCUAUCUGGUCCUUCGAGUCGAAUAUGAAUCUAAUGAAGGCUCGAAGGACCAGAAUGUUUGAUAAGUAUUGAUAUAAUGGUAGUAAAUAGUAUGUUGAGUGUACGCAAUCUAAUAAAAUUAAUUCCAAUGUCGUUUACUCAUUAUACUCUUAUCAAAAAUGGUGUGAACGUUAAUUUUUGGGAAAAUUUUUAUUACACUUAUUCAAAUAAAUCAACUUUCUGCCUUUAAUUGGUCGUUAUUUUUUGGUUUUGACUUUUAGCUGCACCCCAAUGUUUUUUCCGAUAUUUUAUAUUAACAGGGGUAAAAUAAAGUUUUUGUGGUUACAAAUGGAAAACGUUUUAGUUUUUCUAUGAUUUUUAAUAAAAUAAAUGGUUUUUGGUGUAUUAAAAGUUUGUUCAAAUAUAUACAGUGUGGCUAAAAUCAAUUUCCUUUAAGUGCUUCAGUUGACUUUAAAAAUACUAUCGAAAAAAAAAUUUAGUAGAUUAAAAUUUUAUCAAACAUUCGUAAAUAUUUUUAUGAAUAAAUUUAGAGAUAUUUUAUUUUUUUGAAUUUUUGGGAUAUAAAUAAAUGUAUUGGGCCAAAUUUUGAAUGUAGUAAUAUAGUAAUAUUUUCAAGAACCACUUAUUGAAAUAUUAAUUUAGUUUUUCAAUUCAUGAUAAUUGUUUCUGUAUAUAAAAUAAUUUAUUUUUAUUGAUUAAAAAAAUUUUCAUCGA